AUUUUAGUAUUUUUAUGAGGUUAAAGUCAGAUUGAAAAAUUAUUUUCAUGAAAAAUGUGACAAUGUCAGGUUUGUCAGAGUAUGUCUCUUUCCAGAUAUAAAAAUGUAUGAAGCACAAGAUCUUAGCACCUGCUCUUUGACUAAAAGGACUCUUAAGUGCGAGACAGAAUGUGUUUUUCUGUUUGCAGCAUGCUAAAACAGAGGGUCGUUUGGGUAUAUUUUUAGGACAAUUUCAGCAGGAACCACUGCCAGAGUGGUUUCAAUUUCACUGCUCUGCUUGUUGAUUGUUUUCUCAGGAGCUGAAACCUGUGGUAUGGGAGAAAAAUAUUUUUGUCUGUUUCUUUGGUUUUAAUUCAACUGCAUUUUUGUGUUCAGAUGAUGGUUUCAGGUUUUUUCUAUUUGUUUUUUAAAGCACCAACAGAGGCGAGAAUAUAUUAUCAUUCGAAGUGAAACUAAAAUCUUUAGUUUCAGUUUGUGCGUUCCUCCUUGAUUGAUUGCUCCAUAAUUGAUUAACUCAUCACCAAAGCUGUUUCUGUUUCAGUUAAUUAUUUCUGAGAGUAUUUUAGUUACAUACUUGUUUGUUUUUAUAUAUUUUGGUUGUACUUGUUCUUGAAUGAAUGUUUGAGCCUUUCUGUUAACCUGCAUUCUGAAAGCUAAUCAGCAGUGAACAUGGGUCUGGUAAUCCAAGAUCAUUGAAAUCUCUGCCAAUCACUGCACCAGUAGAACAUGUUUUGUUGGUGCAUUGGGUUUGUAAGGUGACACAUUUUCAAUGAUAAGCUGUUGCUGUCUCAAUACAUUGAGAUUUCAAUGAGAUCGUGAAGCCAGAGGCAAUCCCAUAUCACUCCUGCGGGUAGCUAAACUUUAUCCGUGAAGAUUAGAAUGCUCACCCCCGCAGAGCUUUAUCGGAGCGCACCUCAAGAAUUUGAAAAUAGGAAAUCACUUCCCAACAGUCCUGACCUAAAAUCCUGAAAAUGCAGUGAAUCGAAUUUGGGAUGUUGUGUAUGCCAGAAUGUCCAAUAUGUCCACAACCAAGCAGUGCUGACUGAUAUUCAAGGAAAAAUGAGAAAGUACCAAGCUUUUGUAGCUGUCAACUAUAAAUCCACAAGGGGUAUAAUUCAUUUUUCGAACUAUUUCUGGACACUACAAUUAUUUUUUUUUUGUAGUUUAUGAGAGAUUUUGCUAAUCCUCAGCAACAUUUUUCUGGAAUAACUUUUAUUCUGGUAAAAAACAAAAAAAAUCUGGUAGCCCAAAUCAACUGCUGACUUUUUUGUAUACUUUAAGGUAAAGACUGCAAAGAUUUGGAUAUCGUUUUUAAUACUCACAAAUGUAAAAACCCUCAAAAUAUAUUCAAUAAAUGUGAAAGAAUAAAAAAAAAUCUUUCAGUGCUUUGUCCUGUUUGAGUUUUUUUUUUUUUUUUUUUUUAGAAAAAAUAAAUUAAAUUAAAAGAAAAAAAAUAAAUUUAAGUCUUUGGGAAGUCACGUUUAGUACAUUUUUGGCUCAGAGUCUGCCAGGCUUCAUGUGCUUUUCUGAAUAAAUGUGGUACUACUCUUCCACUUUCUCUUUAGGAAUUUUAGUUUCUUCAACUCUUCAGUGGUUCUUUAACAAAAUGUUAUUUUUACUCGUUUUAUGAAUUGCUGUGUUUUCUGGGGUGUUUGUGUUAUAAUUGGUUCCUCUCACCCCUCCCUGCUCCGCUCCUUCUGUCUGCCUCUGGGCGAGGAGCUUCAGCCUGGCGCGCGCGGCUCCUGCGCCCCGAUGCUUGUGCGUCUCAGCGCGCGCGUCAGCGCAGAUUAACACAUUCCAGCAGAAAGACACACAACGGAGACCAGGCGCACGUGUGUUUAUGUGUGAAAUAUUAGUGUGGAAAAACUAUCUCAAUCCUCACUGGAUGGAUCUGGCUGCCCAUUACGCACGCAGAGUCUGAUUUUUAGACAUAAUCUGCUAUGGAUUUAAACAUCUGAGGUCUAAUCUCACCACGGAUCACAGAGAAAGAGAGCAGAUAAACAGGAGGUUAAUAUGGACGCUGGAAACCUUAUUGAACGAGACUUGGAAGCCACCUUGAUGCCUUUAGCAGUGACCGGUGACUGGCUGGAAGACGACAACGAGACAAUCAGGAAUCAGUUUCAGCAACCUGACUGGCAGGUGGCUCUCUGGGCUGUAGCCUACUCCCUCAUCAUAAUAGUAUCCAUCACUGGGAAUGUCACAGUGAUCUGGAUUAUCCUGGCUCACAGGAGAAUGAGGACGGUUACUAAUUACUUCAUCGUCAAUCUGGCCUUUUCUGACGUUUCCAUGGCAACUUUUAACACUCUUUUCAACUUUGUCUAUGCGCUCCACAACGACUGGUACUUUGGGCUGGGUUACUGCAGAUUUCAGAACUUCUUCCCCAUCACUGCGAUGUUCUCAUCCAUUUACUCCAUGGCUGCUAUUGCAGUGGACAGAUACAUGGCCAUCAUACACCCCCUGAAGCCUCGCCUCUCCUCCACCUCCACAAAGGUGGUGAUUGCCCUGAUUUGGGUUUUUGCAUUCUCACUGGCGUUCCCGCAGUGUUACUACAGCGUCACCCGAUUUUACUACCCCAGAACAGUCUGCAUGGUGGAUUGGCCUGAUGAUUACGGAGGCACACAUCAACUGAGUUAUCAGUUUGCAGUGAUAUUGCUGGUCUACUUGUUCCCUCUGCUGGUGAUGCUGGUGACCUACAGUUUAGUCGGUCGAUCCCUGUGGGGAGGACACAUCCCAGGAGAGGCUUCAGACCACUAUCACAGCCAGAUUACAGCCAAAAGAAAGGUGGUGAAGAUGAUGGUGGUUGUGGUGGUGACUUUUGCUCUCUGCUGGCUGCCGUACCACGUCUACUUCAUUCUGGGAACUUUUAACAUAGACAUCUAUAAACAACAUUACAUUCAACAGGUGUACCUGGCGAUAUUCUGGUUGGCCAUGAGCUCAACUAUGUACAAUCCAAUAAUCUACUGCUGUUUGAACCAAAGGUUUCGUGCUGGUUUCCGCCAUGCCUUUGCUUGGUGUCCCUUCAUCAAAGUGUCAGAGGAGGACAAAAUGGAGCUGCAGCACACAAACACCUUCAGAGUCACCAUGACGCGCAGUCAUCGGAGCGAUACUCACCCGCGUGCAUCCAUUAAAACCAACAUAGACAAGGACAUUUGUUUACAGCGGAAAAAGCAAAAAUGCAGCACACAGAAUGCACAACUAGUAAAGAAGCUGAGCGAUAAAAUACCCACACAUGACAAACUAACGGAGCACAGCCUCUGACUGCGGAGCGGCGGCGUGAUGAGGGCAUGAAAGGGCGGGGAGGUCACCUCAGAAGCAGACUGAAGGAACCAACAACUAUCGUAUUGUUUACAAAAAAGAAACUAGGAUGAAUGUGUUUGAAGCACAUUUUAUAUUUCAAUUUGUUAAAAAAAAAUAAAAAA